AUGAGAGACAGGCUGGGGCACCUCCAACAGGAGCAAGCUGACUCUGAGGACUUCAGCACAGUGGAGCUGGACAACCUGUCAAAUUAUGGAGCAGCAGCAGCAACAGCAGCGACAGAAUCACAUUCUGACCAGGAGCUGAAUCACGUCCUAGAGGAGGCCCAGGACAUACGUCUGGAGAUCCAGCAGAUCCAAAACGACAUCAGUGAUUUGAAGGAUGUGAACUACCAGACUUUGAACAAGACCUCACACUUCAGCGCAAUAAAGCGGGACUCCAAUGCAAUCGGGGCAGAUGUUAAACACAGGGGAAAGUCCGUGCUGCAGCGGCUGCACAUGAUGAAUGCUCUCAGGGGUGAACUCGAGGCUCAGCGUGGCAGCAGUGACCCUACAGCACGUAUUGCUCGAACACAGUACCAAUGUCUCAGCAAUGCUCUGCGAGAGGUGAUGUCCAACUACAAUGACACAGAGAUGAGCCACAGGGAGGCGUGUAAACGGCAGAUACAGAGGCAGAUGGAGGUGGUGGGCAGGGAGGUCAGUGAGGAGGAGCUGGGGGAGAUGAUGGAGAGCGGAGAGUGGAACGUGUUCAGCGACCAGCUGGAGGGCAAAACAGCCCGCUCUGCGUGCUUACAGAUCGAGAGCCGUCACAAGGAGCUGCUGGACCUGGAGAAGAGAAUCGAGGGGAUCCAGGAACUGUUCCGGGAUGUGGCUGUGCUCACACAGGAGCAGGGAGAAGUUGUCGAAAACAUCCAGAAAAAUGUCCAAAAUACUGAAGUGAUCGUUCAGGAAGCAGUGGUCCAGCUGGAUAGAGCCACCAAAUCUGAUAAAAACAACCCCUUCAAGAGGCUGUUUUGUGGCUGCUUUCCAUGUUUUUACAACUAG